AUACAGCCUGGGCAUAUCGCGCCAACCAAGUUGCUUCUCACUCGACAACCUCAGAAAAUCACACGCCGGUGGGGCAGGAAGCCGCACUUUGGAAAGGCACCGGGACUGGGUGCCAUUCACGGUCUCAUGCUGCGACGUACUCUCAUCUUCUGUCUCUUGCUACUACCCUCCCUGACAUGGCAGCGCUCAACUCUCGGAGAACGCGCCCUCACGCCUCUUUCGUUGGACUCGAUGUCCAAGCUCGUGUCUUCUCCGGAUCCGUUGAAGCAGCUCGAUCCUAAUGACCCCCAUUCGCACCUCUCGAAGAUUCUGAUACCCCGUGUCCCGGAUACAGCGAAUAACACUCUAGUCCGGAACUACAUCGUUUCCAAGUUUAAAGCGCUGAACUGGCACAUCGAACUCAACAACUUCGAAGACAACACACCGUUUGGACGGAAGAAUUUCACGAAUAUCAUCGUGACGAAGGACCCCAAAGCUACGCGACGCAUCGUAUUGGCGGCACACUUUGACAGCAAGUACUUCCCUGAGCCAAACCAUUUUCUCGGUGCUACUGACUCAGCGGCCCCCUGCGCUCUGAUGGUUGACCUUGGGGAGUCCUUGAAUCACCUACUGGAUGAAAGAGCUGCACGAUUUGAUGCUGGGACGGAAGAUGACGAAGACGUUGCCGACACCACACUCCAAUUCGUUUUCUUUGACGGCGAGGAGGCUUUUGUCGCAUGGACUGACACAGACUCCAUCUAUGGUGCCAGGCGAGUUCUUCGAGACCUCCGUCUUCCAUCCUCUCGAACCGAUACCGAGAUAUCGGGCAUCGAGCAUUUUAUUCUUCUGGACCUUCUUGGUGCCGAGAACCCACAGAUUCGCUCAUAUACGCUAGACACAGCAUGGCUCUACGAUGGGCUGGUGUCGGUGGAGACGCGUUUAGGUGAUAGUGGAGCCUACGCCUACGGCAGCGAGCAGAGUAUGGCUCCUGGGCACUGGCGAUCAUUUUUCGCCUCUCGUAGCUCUGUGGAGAUGAAUCUGGGUGGAAUUGGGGACGACCAUGUUCCAUUCCUGCAGAAAGGUGUUGAUGUGCUGCAUCUCAUCAGCUCACCCUUCCCCAACGUUUGGCAUACUGUUAGGGAUGAUGCAUCCGCGCUGCACUUGCCAACUCUGCGAAGAUGGAACAUAAUGAUGCGAGUCUUUUUCGCCGAGUAUCUGAAUCUACGACCAGACGAGAAAAAAUCUCGUGAUGAUCCGAGCACGGUCGUCGAGAGGUCGGAAACUGAUCUUCGCAUUUAGUUCAUGUUUUUAUGGAAUGUACAGCACCUGUAUCAAUACAACACAGCACUAGAGAACCCUCUCGUCCGAUGCCAUCGUCCCCUUCUCAACACGAAAGACACGGCGCUCAGAUCAUCAACAAGGUCUUGUAGUGCUUGAUCAAUCGAGAAGCGUCCGCCGCGUUCUGCAAAAACUGAAUAUAUGCGUAUGCAUUAUGAUGGAAAGGCUGACCUUCUCAUCCAGCUUACUCUGGUACAGCUGCGCGUCUGCGGCUUCAACACAUUCGGCCAGUGCAUCCGCUCUUCGGGCGCUGUUUGUUCCAACUAAAAGAAGAUUAGAAGGCGUCGGGACGAUGUCGGUAACCUACUCAUUUCGCUUGCAGCGUUGACGGCGUCGGAACGGCGAGGGAAGAGAUCUUCGAGGCCGGCGGGG